CAACACAGCUGAAAAACUGUUAGACUUACAGAGAAGUGCCAAAAUCCAACUUGGCACAGGCACAGCAAUAUUAAUUAAGAUGCUCUUAAGAUAUAACGGGUAAAGCAGCUUGAAGAUCAUUUGCCUUUUAUUCCUUCAUGACGAGUUGUUCCAAGCGGUUGGUACAUGCAUACUGGAGAGAGUGAAACUGCUGAUUUUCUUUGGCUUGUGCUGAAGACUGUGAGUCCGCCAACUGGCUGAGGAGCUUUUUAACUGAUGGAAUUAUUUGUUCGGGUACCCGCGGGGACAGGCCAAAUUCAACAUCACCUUGGCACUGCGGUAAACUGCUUGCAAUCACGAUACGACUGUGCUACACCCGAGGCAGCAGUAGGCUGGUAAGAGGAGAGCUGAGCGGCAGAAGGCUGGAGAAGGAAACAAAGGAUACCAGGAGCUUUGAAGCACACACGGCGAGAGGCUGUGUUUGUGUUUUCCCCACCUUCCAAAGGAAGCCAUGCCAGUGGGUCUAGUGGCUGUUGUUCUGGGUCUGCUCCUGUGCGGCGGGGUGCACGGGCAGUGGGACUGGUGGCAGAGAAUGUGGGGCACGGCCGAGACCACAGCAGCUCCAGCCCUGCCGACGGCCGUGAUCCACCGACAAGCCGGCGGCGGCAGCCCGGCCGGGACCACAGCGCGGCCGCAAGGUCCAUCCACCCCGGGCGCCGAAUGGGCCAACGGCACCAGGUUAGCGGUGAUGGAGGGGACAGCUGGUCCGUGGCGUGGCACUCACCCGGAGCACGAUGCUCACCCAGCCUCGGAAACUAGGAACGCCUCGGAAGGUCGCCCGGACCAAGGCAAGAAGGUCAGCUGGCUGCCGCCCAGGAACCUGACAGAGAGAAGAUCCAGUGAUCACAUCGACCUGACUGGGUUAAUUGGAGUCCCUCUACCCCCAUCAGUUGCAUUCAUCACUGGAUUUGAAGGCUUUCCAGCGUACAGCUUUGGGCCCGAUGCAAACAUUGGGCGACUUACCAAGACCAUGAUACCUCAAUCUUUCUACAGAGACUUUGCGAUCCUUGUGACUAUCAAGCCAGCCAGUGACGAUGGUGGGGUGCUCUUCGCCAUUACUAAUUCCUACCAGAAUAUCAUUUACUUGGGAGUGAAACUAACUGCGGUUUUGAAUGGCAACCAGCAAAUAGUGUUAUUUUACACAGAAUCAGGUUCUCAGACUUCGCAAGAGGUUGCUUCAUUUAAGGUGUCGUCAAUGACAAACAAGUGGACGCGGUUUGCCUUGUCCAUUCAGGGCGACUUUGUUACAUUGUACGUGGACUGCGAUGAAUAUGAGCAGAGCCGCCUCAGCAGAUCAGCUCGAGCAUUAUUUUUCGAGCCAAGUUCAGGAAUUUUCAUUGGGAAUGCUGGCGGAACAGGACUGACCAAGUUUAUUGGGUCCAUUCAAGAACUGACAAUUAAGUCAGACCCUCGAGCUAGUGAGGAGCAAUGUUAUGAAGCUGAUCCAGAUGGCCCCUCCGGAGAUGGCAGUGGAGAUGGGAGCGGUCAGUACAUCGCUCAAGAGCAAGGAGGCGUUAAACCCCAAAUUCAGCACAUUACUCCACGUCCUUUGGUCGAGAGAAAUCUCAUCAGUGAGCCGGUGCGUGAGCCCCCCACUGAGGCUUCUGUGACGGAGGAGAUGGAGACCGCCUCGGGCCAGCUGGAUUCUGUUCUCCAAGAGACGAGCACCUCAGGCAACUCUGGAGAGAGGCCGCCCGAGGAAGGGCCAGACUUUGCCAUUAAAGAAGAACGAGCUCCCAGCCUGAGCAUCGGAAAUGAUGACCAGAGUCGAGAAGGACCUAAAGAAGAAAUUGGAUCGGGAAGUGAAAGUGAAACCAGCACAAAGGGUGAGGGUGGACUGCGAUUGCCUGGAGUCAAGGGAGAGAAGGGUGAACGAGGAUCUCCUGGAGCUCCUGGACCUUCGGGCCUGCCCGCAACGGGAGAAGAUAAUCCUGCAGAAUUUGGCCCGCCGGGAGCAGCUGGCCCCCCAGGUCCGCCUGGGAAGGAUGGCAAACCAGGCACCCCUGGAAAAAGUGGACAUCCUGGUAAGCAAGGAUCUCAAGGAUUCAAAGGAACAAUAGGUGACCUGGGGCACAAAGGGGAGAAGGGCGAUCCAGGGCUUGCUGGCUCCGCAGGUCCUCCCGGACUCCCAGGUCCUCCUGGACCACCCGGACCCCAGUCGAGACUGAAUUUCAUCGAUACUGAAGGCUCUGGACUGGAUGACAGCGACAUUGACCGUGAAAACAUUCGAUGUCCCCCAGGGCCACCGGGUCCUCCAGGUUUGCCAGGGCCACCUGGUGUCCCAGCUGUGUUUGAAGCUUCGAACCCAAACCUCGUGGGUGCCCCAGGGCCUCGCGGUCCACCAGGAUACCCCGGACAUGAUGGGGGCUCGGGGGAUUCGGUUUUUGAUGAGAAAGCGAGCGGGUCUGGCGAGGUAUUCAUCUGGCUUGAUCAGGGUCCAAGUGGGCCACCAGGAGAGGAUGGGACUCUUGGUGAACCAGGAACCAAAGGACCGAAGGGUGAUCAAGGUCCAAUUGGUAUGCCUGGCCUGCAGGGACGAAAGGGAGAGGUUGGAGAGAAUGGCGUACCAGGAGUUCCAGGACACCCAGGUCAACCAGGAAGCCAAGGCCCAUCUGGUCCACCCGGCCCUCCAGGCCCUCCCGGGCGAUUCAGCAAUGAUCUCGGCUCUGGAUUUGAGGAUAUGGAAAGUUCCGGUGCAUUUGGACUACCAGGCAUACCCGGAAAACCAGGAUCUCAUGGAUCUCAGGGGGCCCCAGGUGAAAAGGGCAAACUGGGUUCUCCAGGUGAAAAGGGAUCUUCUGGUUUUCCUGGUUUCCCGGGGCAGAAUGGACGAGCUGGAUUGCCAGGACCUGUGGGACCAAAAGGUGAAAACGGUGAACAAGGACCAAAGGGUGAACGUGGCCAUGAUGGCGUUGGUAAACCAGGACUCCCUGGUCCUCCAGGACCCAUCAUAUCUCUACAAGAGUUGCUGAUGAACGACACUGAAGAGGUUCUAAACCUGAAUGGAAUCAAGUUAUCUCCCGCUCCUCCUGGCCCCAGAGGACCCAAAGGAGACUUUGGUUUUCCUGGAUUUCCUGGGAUGAAGGGUGAGAAGGGUGAGGCUGGAGCUAUUAUCACCGCAGAUGGAUCAUUGCUGGCCUCAACCUCAAAAGGUCACAAGGGUCAGCCUGGCCUGCAGGGACCCUCUGGACCUCCGGGCCCAGUGGGACAUCCAGGACCGAAGGGAGAAUUUGGUUUACCUGGCAGGCAUGGACGUCCAGGAAUAAAUAGUAGAAAGGGCCAGAAAGGUGAACCUGCAAUAACUCCUGUGAGCGCCGUUGGGUCACCUGGACCUCCGGGACCACCGGGACCUCCUGGUCAAAUUCCCAACAUAAGAGGAACAGUUUUACCUGUUCCUCCCAGGCCACACUGCAAAAUGCCCAUAAAUGGUCAGCUAGAACAGCAAGACUUUCUGGGGCUGAAGGGGGAGAAAGGUUCUUUUGGAUUACUUGGAACGAAAGGUGGUAAAGGUGAAAAGGGGGAGCUGGGUUCCCCAGGAAUACCAGGUCCCUAUUCACCAUAUCACAGCCAUAAAGGUGAAAAAGGAGACACUGGAGCAUUGGGCGAGAAGGGGGAAAAAGGAGAAUCAGGUGGCAGCUUGUUCCUGCCUGGUAUACCUGGGCCACUAGGCCCCAUUGGGCCUCACGGGAGACCUGGGCCUGUGGGACCCAAAGGUGAAUCUGUUAUUGGACCGAUGGGCCCGCCGGGAAUGCCUGGAAUACCAGGUUCUCCAGGAUAUGGAGUUAUGGGUGCACCAGGACGUCCUGGACCCCCUGGAACUCCAGGAUUGCCGGGAAUUUAUGGAUCAGGCAUUGCACUUCCUGGACCCCCAGGACCAGCUGGCCCACCAGGACGAGGAGACAGUGGCAGCUUGGUGGCAUUGUACAGGAACAUGGACUUUAUGCAUAAAGCAACUUUCUCCGUGUCGGAAGGUACCCUGGGCUAUGUGGCAGAUAGGAGUGACCUAUACAUUCGAGUUUACAAUGGCUGGAGAAAGCUCCAACUUGGUGAUUUGAUUCCUGCUCCAGCUGAUGACCCAUUCCAAUCAUUGAACACUUACUCAGCUCCAAACACAUUCCCAAAGAUAAAUGAUCAGAAGCCUGCUGUAAGUGUGCGUCGUUUUUUAAUGUUGUAAUGACUCAAGGUGUUC